CGCACGCGGAGCAGUGCUUUCCUCUCAAGUGAGGCGGCAUUAGCAACUGCAGUUCCAGCUUCCUCAGCUGAGCUCCCGGCGGCCACUGCCUGCCUGAUUUGUCGGAGGAGCGCUAGAGUCCAGUUUCUGAGGGAUCCGGUAACAUGUAGCUGUCACAGCUGGUGGCAGACAGCCACUUCUUUCCAGCUGCUUCGCAGCCCUGGCAAGAGGACACCCUCUUCCAAAAUUCACGCUGCCUGGGGAGGAGGCUGCUCAGUGCAGCUUCAAUUUUGUUUGAAGAUUGGUACUGACAAGCUGACUGAUCACCCCAGGUAGCAGUCUCACAACAUCAAUCUAUUGAUUCUCACUGCACGAGGUGAAGAAGAAACCACCAGUUCAGGGAAGGAAGCUGGUUGGUACAAACUGUAAAAACAGACUGUCUUUUCCUCUGGCCUCCAGUUUGGAUUUAGCAAAUGAAGAGCACAGACAAGUUGGCAUUUUCACUGCUCUGACUGGGCUGCAGGACUGAAAAGGCAAGGCUUGAAUGAGAAGCUCUUUAUCUGAAGAAGUGAAGAGAUGGUUGGAAUACGCGAUCUUUCAACAAAAGGAUAAGCACUCUUGGUGCUCACAAGACAGCUGAGUAAAGUCGUCCUGCCUGGCCAUUGAUGUGCAUGUCUAAGGACUGAAAAGUGGGUGACACUGUCUCCUCUACGACUCGAUAGCUGCAUGCCAGUCCCGGCCUCUUGAAGGGAUGAACCAUGGAACAGAUCAGUCUUCAAACUUGGAUUUGUCACGGAUCCCUCUACUGAAUCUGCGCCACAGUGAGUGUUGAAUGACUGACACCUUCUCCCCUUUGGGAUCGUGGCAAACCGGUAUUUCUGGUCCCCGUGGCAGCCCCCAGAAGGCUAUCUCCUGAGGAUCGGCUUCUCGGCUUCUCCGGGACUGGGACUGCGAGCCAGCGCACUGCCGAGGCUGCUGGAUGGAAAAGCUGAGAAUCAGAGCGGGCUAGUGAUCUCCAGGACACGCGGUCAGUAGGUCUGUGUUCUCUGCUCCAGCAGAAGGGGUCCCGCCUCGUCCUCCAGGAUCUGAUGGCCUUGACGACAGGGCUGCAGGGCCGCUGGUUGCUGCUGACUCUUCGGAACGUGCUGACAUGGAGGCAGGCCGCGAGGCCUUGAGUGCGGCGAGGCCCCUGCCGGUGGAUGUGGAGGAGCGCGGGCCGGGGGCCAUGGACGUGAAGGAGAGGAAGCCCUACCGCUCGCUGACCCGGCGCCGGGACGCCGAGCGCCGCUACACCGGUUCGUCGGCCGACAGCGAGGAGGGCAAAACGCCGCAGAAGUCCUACAGCUCCAGCGAGACCCUCAAGGCAUACGACCAGGACGCCCGCUUGGCCUACGGCAGCCGCGUCAAGGAUAUGGUGCCACAGGAGGCCGAGGAAUUCUGCCGCGCAGGUGCGAAUUUCAGCCUGCGUGAGCUGGGGCUGGGGGAGGUGACGCCUCCUCAUGGGACCCUGUACCGGACGGACAUCGGCCUCCCCCACUGCGGCUACUCCAUGGGCGCCAGCUCCGAUGCCGACAUGGAGGCCGAUACUGUUCUGUCCCCCGAGCACCCCGUGCGGCUGUGGGGCCGGAGCACGCGGUCGGGGCGCAGCUCCUGCCUGUCCAGUCGCGCCAACUCCAACCUCACGCUCACAGACACGGAGCACGAGAACACGGAGACUGGUGCUCCCUUGCAUUGUUCGUCCGCUUCAUCAACCCCUAUUGAGCAGUCCCCCUCCCCGCCCCCCUCCCCUCCGGCCAAUGAGAGCCAGAGGCGGUUGCUAGGCAACGGUGUGGCCCCGCCAACCCCGGACUCAGACUCUGAGGAAGAGUUUGUCCCUAAUUCAUUCUUAGUUAAAAGUGGCUCCGCCAGCCUGGGGGUCGCGGCAAACGAUCACCCAGGCGGCCUGCAGAACCACCCACGGCUCCGGACCCCGCCGCCGCCACUCUCGCACGCCCACACCCCCAACCAGCACCACGCGGCCUCCAUCAACUCCCUGAAUCGGGGCAACUUCACUCCCAGAAGCAACCCCAGCCCGGCCCCCACAGACCAUUCGCUCUCCGGAGAGCCCCCGGCCAGCGGUGCCCCAGAACCGACGCAUGCGCAGGACAACUGGCUACUCAACAGCAACAUCCCACUGGAGACCAGAAACCUAGGCAAGCAGCCAUUCCUAGGGACAUUGCAGGACAACCUCAUUGAGAUGGACAUUCUCAGCGCCUCCCGCCAUGAUGGGGCUUACAGUGACGGGCACUUCCUCUUCAAGCCUGGGGGCACCUCCCCGCUCUUCUGCACCACCUCGCCAGGGUACCCCCUGACGUCCAGCACAGUGUACUCGCCCCCACCCCGCCCCCUGCCCCGCAGCACCUUUGCCCGGCCAGCCUUCAACCUCAAGAAGCCCUCCAAGUACUGCAACUGGAAGUGUGCGGCCCUGAGCGCCAUCGUCAUCUCGGCCACGCUGGUCAUCCUCCUGGCAUACUUCGUGGCCAUGCACCUGUUUGGCCUAAACUGGCACCUGCAGCCGAUGGAGGGGCAGAUGUAUGAGAUCACGGAGGAUACAGCCAGCAGUUGGCCUGUGCCAACGGACGUCUCCCUAUAUCCCUCAGGGGGAACUGGCUUAGAGACCCCUGACAGGAAAGGCAAAGGAGCCACAGAAGGGAAGCCCAGUAGCUCCUUUCCAGAGGACAGUUUCAUAGACUCUGGAGAGAUCGACGUGGGGAGACGAGCGUCCCAGAAGAUUCCUCCUGGCACUUUCUGGAGGUCUCAGGUGUUCAUAGACCACCCCGUGCACCUGAAAUUCAACGUGUCCCUGGGAAAGGCGGCUCUGGUCGGCAUUUACGGCAGGAAAGGCCUCCCUCCUUCACACACGCAGUUUGACUUUGUGGAGCUGCUGGAUGGCAGGAGGCUGCUGACCCAGGAGGCACGGAGCCUGGAGGGACCCCAGCGCCAGUCUCGGGGUGUGGUGCCCCCAUCCAGCCACGAGACCGGCUUCAUCCAGUACUUGGAUUCGGGAAUCUGGCACUUGGCGUUUUACAACGACGGGAAGGAGUCUGAAGUGGUGUCCUUUCUCACCACUGCCAUUGAGUCGGUGGAGAGCUGUCCUAGCAACUGCUAUGGCAACGGCGACUGCAUCUCCGGCACGUGCCACUGCUUCCUGGGUUUUCUGGGCCCGGACUGCGGCAGAGCCUCCUGCCCCGUGCUCUGUAGCGGGAACGGCCAGUACAUGAAGGGCAGGUGUCUGUGCCACAGCGGCUGGAAGGGCGCCGAGUGCGACGUGCCCACCAACCAGUGUCUCGACGUGGCCUGCAGCAGCCACGGCACGUGCAUCAUGGGCACCUGCAUCUGCAACCCCGGCUACAAGGGCGAGAGCUGUGAGGAAGUGGACUGCAUGGACCCCACCUGUUCAGGCCGGGGUGUCUGCGUGAGAGGCGAGUGCCACUGCUCCGUGGGAUGGGGAGGCACCAACUGUGAAACGCCCAGGGCCACAUGCCUGGACCAGUGCUCAGGCCAUGGCACCUUCCUCCCGGACACUGGGCUCUGCAGCUGUGACCCAAGCUGGACCGGACACGACUGUUCUAUAGAGAUCUGUGCUGCCGACUGCGGCGGCCACGGCGUCUGCGUCGGGGGCACCUGCCGCUGCGAGGAUGGCUGGAUGGGGGCGGCGUGCGACCAGCGGGCCUGCCACCCACGCUGCACGGAGCACGGGACCUGCCGCGACGGCAAGUGCGAGUGCAGCCCCGGCUGGAACGGCGAGCACUGCACCAUCGCUCACUAUCUGGAUAGGGUAGUUAAAGAGGGCUGCCCUGGGCUGUGCAAUGGUAACGGCAGAUGUACCUUGGACCUGAAUGGAUGGCACUGCGUCUGUCAGCUAGGCUGGAGAGGAGCUGGCUGUGACACUUCCAUGGAAACUGCCUGUGGCGACAGCAAAGACAACGAUGGAGACGGCUUGCUGGACUGCAUGGACCCUGACUGCUGCCUGCAGCCCCUCUGUCAUGUCAACCCCCUGUGCCUGGGCUCCCCUGACCCACUGGACAUCAUCCAGGAGACACAGGCCCCUGUGUCCCAGCAGAACCUCCACUCCUUCUACGACCGCAUCAAGUUCCUCGUGGGCAAGGACAGCACGCACGUCAUCCCCGGGGAGAAUCCCUUUGAUGGAGGGCACGCGUGUGUCAUUCGUGGCCAAGUGAUGACAUCCGAUGGGACGCCGCUGGUUGGUGUGAACGUCAGUUUCGUCACUAACCCUCUCUUCGGGUACACAAUCAGCAGGCAAGACGGCAGCUUUGACCUGGUCACCAACGGCGGCAUCUCCACCGUGCUGCGCUUCGAGCGCGCGCCUUUCAUCACCCAGGAGCACACCCUCUGGCUGCCCUGGGAUCGCUUCUUCGUCAUGGAAACCAUCACCAUGCGGCACGAGGAGAAUGAGAUUCCCAGCUGCGACCUGAGCAGCUUCGCCCGCCCCAACCCCGUCGUCUCCCCCUCCCCACUGACGUCCUUCGCCAGCUCCUGUGCAGAGAAAGGCCCCAUCGUGCCGGAAAUCCAGGCACUGCAGGAGGAAAUCGCCAUCUCUGGCUGCAAGAUGAGGCUGAGCUACCUGAGCAGCCGCACGGCUGGCUACAAGUCCGUUCUGAGGAUCAGCCUCACCCACCCCACCAUCCCCUUCAACCUCAUGAAGGUGCACCUCAUGGUGGCAGUGGAGGGCCGGCUCUUCAGGAAGUGGUUUGCUGCCGCCCCUGACCUGUCCUACUAUUUCAUCUGGGACAAGACAGACGUCUACAACCAGAAGGUGUUUGGGCUCUCUGAAGCCUUCGUUUCCGUGGGCUAUGAGUAUGAAUCCUGCCCGGACCUGAUCCUGUGGGAAAAAAGAACAGCAGUGCUGCAGGGCUAUGAAAUCGACGCAUCCAAGCUGGGAGGCUGGAGCCUGGACAAGCAUCACGCACUCAACAUCCAAAGCGGCAUCCUGCACAAAGGCAAUGGGGAGAACCAGUUCGUGUCCCAGCAGCCGCCCGUCAUCGGGAGCAUCAUGGGCAACGGGCGCCGGAGAAGCAUCUCCUGCCCCAGCUGCAAUGGCCUUGCGGACGGCAACAAGCUCCUGGCCCCCGUGGCCCUCACCUGUGGCUCCGACGGGAGCCUCUAUGUGGGCGAUUUCAACUACAUCCGCAGGAUCUUCCCUUCCGGAAAUGUCACCAACAUCCUGGAGCUGAGAAAUAAAGAUUUCAGACAUAGCCACAGUCCAGCACAUAAAUACUACCUGACCACGGACCCCAUGAGCGGGGCCGUCUUCCUGUCCGACACCAACAGCAGGCGCGUCUUUAAGAUCAAGUCCACCGUGGUGGUGAAGGACCUUGUCAAGAACUCUGAGGUGGUGGCAGGGACCGGCGACCAGUGCCUCCCCUUCGAUGACACACGCUGUGGGGACGGCGGCAAGGCCACGGAAGCCACGCUCACCAACCCCAGGGGCAUCACGGUGGACAAGUUCGGGUUGAUCUACUUCGUGGACGGCACCAUGAUCCGACGCGUUGAUCAGAACGGGAUCAUCUCCACCCUGCUGGGCUCCAAUGACCUCACGUCAGCCCGGCCGCUCAGCUGCGAUUCUGUCAUGGACAUCUCUCAGGUUCGCCUGGAGUGGCCCACAGACUUGGCCAUCAACCCCAUGGACAACUCUCUCUACGUGCUCGACAACAACGUGGUCCUGCAGAUCUCGGAAAACCACCAGGUGCGCAUCGUCGCCGGGCGGCCCAUGCACUGCCAGGUCCCCGGCAUCGACCACUUCCUGCUGAGCAAGGUGGCCAUCCACGCCACCCUGGAGUCAGCCACCGCGCUGGCUGUUUCUCACAACGGGGUCCUGUACAUCGCUGAGACUGAUGAGAAAAAAAUCAACCGCAUCAGGCAAGUCACCACGAGCGGAGAGAUCUCCCUGGUAGCUGGGGCGCCCAGUGGCUGCGACUGCAAGAAUGACGCCAACUGUGACUGCUUUUCUGGAGAUGAUGGCUACGCCAAGGAUGCCAAGCUGAACACCCCGUCGUCCUUGGCCGUGUGUGCUGAUGGGGAGCUCUACGUGGCGGACCUUGGGAACAUCCGAAUUCGGUUCAUCCGCAAGAACAAGCCCUUCCUCAACACCCAGAACCUGUACGAACUGUCCUCACCCAUCGACCAAGAGCUCUACCUCUUUGAUACCAGCGGCAAGCAUCUGUACACCCAGAGCCUGCCCACGGGCGACUACCUGUACAACUUCACCUACACCGGGGACGGCGACGUCACGCUCAUCACGGACAACAAUGGCAAUAUGGUGAACGUGCGCCGGGACUCCACCGGCAUGCCCCUCUGGCUGGUGGUCCCAGAUGGCCAGGUGUACUGGGUGACCAUGGGCACCAACAGCGCCCUCAAGAGUGUGACCACACAAGGUCAUGAGUUGGCCAUGAUGACAUACCAUGGCAAUUCUGGCCUCCUGGCGACCAAAAGCAAUGAGAACGGAUGGACCACAUUUUACGAGUACGACAGCUUUGGCCGCCUGACAAACGUGACCUUCCCCACCGGCCAGGUGAGCAGUUUCCGAAGUGAUACAGACAGCUCCGUACACGUGCAGGUAGAGACCUCCAGCAAGGAUGACGUCACCAUAACCACCAACCUGUCGGCUUCGGGUGCCUUCUACACACUGCUGCAAGACCAAGUCCGCAACAGCUACUACAUCGGGGCCGAUGGCUCCCUGCGGCUGCUGCUGGCCAAUGGCAUGGAGGUGGCCCUGCAGACCGAGCCACACCUGCUGGCGGGCACCGUGAACCCUACCGUGGGCAAGAGGAACGUCACCCUGCCCAUCGACAAUGGCCUCAACCUGGUGGAGUGGCGGCAGCGCAAGGAGCAGGCUCGGGGCCAGGUCACUGUCUUCGGGCGCCGGCUGCGGGUUCACAACCGAAACCUCCUGUCCCUGGACUUCGACCGCGUCACACGCACAGAGAAGAUCUAUGAUGACCACCGUAAGUUCACCCUGCGGAUCCUGUAUGACCAGGCGGGCCGGCCCAGCCUCUGGUCACCGAGCAGCAGGUUGAAUGGUGUCAAUGUCACGUACUCCCCUGGGGGCCACAUUGCCGGCGUCCAGAGGGGCAUCAUGUCUGAGAGAAUGGAAUACGACCAGGCAGGUCGCAUCACGUCCAGGAUCUUCGCUGAUGGAAAGACGUGGAGCUACACGUACUUAGAGAAGUCCAUGGUGCUGCUGCUGCACAGCCAGCGGCAGUACAUCUUCGAGUUCGACAAGAAUGACCGCCUGUCUUCCGUGACGAUGCCCAACGUGGCCCGGCAGGCGCUGGAGACCAUCCGCUCAGUGGGCUACUACAGGAACAUCUACCAGCCCCCCGAGGGCAACGCCUCGGUCAUCCAGGACUUCUCCGAGGACGGCCACCUCCUCCACACCUUCUACCUGGGCACAGGCCGCAGGGUGAUCUACAAGUACGGGAAGCUGUCGAAGCUGGCCGAGACGCUGUACGACACCACCAAGGUGAGCUUCACCUACGACGAGACGGCGGGCAUGCUGAAAACCAUCAACCUGCAGAACGAGGGCUUCACCUGCACGAUCCGCUACCGUCAGAUCGGGCCCCUCAUCGACCGGCAGAUCUUCCGCUUCACCGAGGAGGGCAUGGUCAACGCCCGCUUCGACUACAACUAUGACAACAGCUUCCGGGUGACCAGCAUGCAGGCCGUGAUCAACGAGACCCCGCUGCCCAUCGACCUGUACCGCUACGACGACGUGUCGGGCAAAACCGAGCAGUUUGGGAAGUUCGGGGUCAUCUACUAUGACAUUAACCAGAUCAUCACCACGGCGGUCAUGACCCACACUAAACACUUCGACGCCUACGGCAGGAUGAAGGAGGUGCAGUAUGAGAUCUUCCGCUCGCUCAUGUACUGGAUGACCGUGCAGUAUGACAACAUGGGGCGGGUGGUGAAGAAGGAGCUGAAGGUGGGGCCCUACGCCAACACCACCCGCUACUCCUACGAGUACGACGCCGACGGCCAGCUGCAGACGGUCUCCAUCAACGACAAACCGCUCUGGCGCUACAGCUAUGACCUCAACGGGAACCUGCACCUGCUGAGCCCGGGGAACAGCGCCCGGCUCACCCCGCUGCGCUACGACCUCCGGGACCGCAUCACCAGGCUGGGCGACGUGCAGUACAAGAUGGACGAGGACGGCUUCCUGCGGCAGCGGGGAGGCGACGUCUUUGAAUACAACUCAGCAGGCCUGCUCAUGAGGGCCUACAACCGGGCCGGCGGCUGGAGUGUCAGGUACCGCUACGACGGCCUGGGCCGGCGCGUGUCCAGCAAGAGCAGCCACAGCCACCACCUGCAGUUCUUCUAUGCAGACCUGACCAACCCCACCAAGGUCACCCACCUCUACAACCACUCCAGCUCUGAGAUCACGUCCCUCUACUACGACCUGCAAGGCCACCUCUUUGCCAUGGAGCUGAGCAGCGGCGACGAGUUCUACAUCGCUUGCGACAACAUCGGGACCCCCCUUGCCGUGUUCAGCGGAACAGGCUUGAUGAUCAAGCAGAUCCUCUACACGGCCUAUGGGGAGAUCUACAUGGACACCAACCCCAACUUCCAGAUCAUCAUCGGCUAUCACGGCGGCCUCUACGAUCCGCUCACCAAGCUCGUGCACAUGGGCCGCCGGGACUACGACGUGCUGGCCGGACGCUGGACCAGCCCCGACCACGAGCUCUGGAAACACCUCAGCAGCAGCAACGUCAUGCCGUUCAACCUGUACAUGUUCAAAAACAACAACCCCAUCAGCAACUCCCAGGACAUCAAGUGCUUCAUGACAGACGUCAACAGCUGGCUGCUCACCUUCGGAUUCCAGCUGCACAACGUGAUCCCCGGCUAUCCCCCACCGGACACCGACGCCAUGGAACCCUCCUACGAGCUCGUCCACACUCAGAUGAAAACGCAGGAGUGGGAUAACAGCAAGUCUAUCCUCGGGGUGCAGUGUGAAGUGCAGAAGCAGCUCAAGGCCUUCAUCACCUUAGAACGCUUCGACCAGCUCCAUGGCUCCACCAUCACCAGCUGCCAGCAGGCCCCAGAGACCAAGAGGUUUGCAUCUGGUGGCUCCGUCUUCGGCAAGGGGGUCAAGUUUGCCUUGAAGGAUGGCCGGGUGACCACAGAUAUCAUCAGUGUGGCCAACGAGGAUGGGCGGAGGGUGGCCGCCAUCUUGAACAACGCCCACUACCUGGAGAACCUGCACUUCACCAUCGAUGGCGUGGACACCCACUAUUUCGUGAAACCAGGGCCCUCCGAAGGCGACCUGGCCAUCCUGGGCCUGAGUGGGGGGCGGCGGACCCUGGAGAACGGCGUUAACGUGACCGUGUCCCAGAUCAACACGAUGCUCAGUGGCAGGACUAGACGGUACACAGACGUCCAGCUGCAGUACGGGCCACUGUGCUUGAACACCCGCUACGGGACGACGCUGGACGAGGAGAAGGCGCGGGUGCUGGAGCUGGCCCGGCAGAGGGCCGUGCGCCAGGCCUGGGCUCGCGAGCAGCAGAGACUGCGGGAAGGGGAAGAAGGCCUGCGGGCCUGGACCGAGGGGGAGAAGCAGCAGGUGCUGAACACAGGGCGGGUGCAAGGCUACGACGGCUUCUUCGUGCUGUCGGUGGAGCAGUACCCAGAACUGUCGGACAGCGCCAACAACAUCCACUUCAUGAGACAGAGCGAGAUGGGCCGAAGGUGACAGAGAGGGCCGAGGCCUGGACUUCUUGCCAAAGACAGCUACUCUUUUGUGGCCACACACCUGACUGUGUUGUACUUUAAAAACAAAAGAAAAAAAUCAUUUUUUUAACAAGUGCAGAAAACAAACAAAAAAGAUACUGGUUGCAUUGUAAUUCAUGCAACAUGCUUUUUUUUAAGAAAAACACAGAUUUGGCCUUCACACAUUUUUUGCAAAGAACAGAAGGUAUUUUUUUCUGUAGUGUGAUCACAAUGAAAACUUUAUUGUCUUUCGUUCCCUUUUCCCUCGAGGAUUCUUCCUUGUUGUUUGGGGUCCGUUCCUCCUCUCUGAGACGCAUCUCCUGGGGGGUGUCCCUCGUCUGUCCCCAGGUCCCCAGUGUGAUGUGAGACACGAGUGUCUGUGCUAACUUGUCUCCUGUGCGACUCUUUCUGCUUCGAUCGGGCAAGAGUGAGGGGUGCGGAGAUUCCUGGGCUGGCACGCACCCCCCUCUCCAGGGGAGGAGGCUCCGUAGCCAGGCUCCUGCGGACCAGUGGUGGGUCUGUCCUCGCUGUGCUCCGUGCCUCCGGAGAACCACAGACGGCUUCAUCCUGCUCCAGGAGUUUCACGAUGUCAUUCAGCACUUUGUUCAAGCUCCUCCCCCGCCCCCCUCCCCGCCCCCGGCCCCUGUCUAAGCUUCCUAUUUCGAUGCUCAGUGAGACCCCUGCCCCUUUUGCAAAACCUGUGUCGUUGUCCCCCAUGCUGGGAUAGAGAAAGUGUCUCCCGGGGUCCUCCCCCUGCCCCACCCCUGCCCCCACGAGUGGGGUGACAACAUCCUGGGGCCGGGAGCCCUGUCCUCCCCAAGGGGUGAACGCAUCCAAGACGUCUGUGAUUGCUUGAUCCUUCAUCGUGUUCCCUGUUCUCCUCCUCCUCUCUCCCAGAGCCAGCUGUGGGGAGCAGCACUGGGCGCCGCGGCAGAGGAUGGUAGUGGUGGCAAGGGUACCGCCUGCCUUCCCAGGGGAAGCCCCGUCCCCUUGACCUUGGGUAUCUCCCUCCACUGCUCAGGGGCCACCGCUGAGACAUGGGAGUGUGGAGAGAGGUGCUCGGCGGCCUUUGAUUCGGGAAAGAUGCUUAAGACGACAAGUCAGCCAAAGAGAGGAAGGUGUGAGCCAAGCACCCUUCUGAGCAGUUCCUGAAGUCCCCAGGGCCUCGCCUGUGCCUGCAGCCGCAGAGCUGGGGGCAGCGGAGGGGCUCUUCAGGGCGCCCCUCCUGUGAAGCUCCUCUGAACAGCUUCCCUAAAGGAGAACCCCAGCCUGCAUUUCCUAAAGGCUCAGGAGAAAGGAAGAGCGAGCUGAUGUGGGGCGGCCUGGCAGUAUCAUACAACCCCAGCAGGGUCAGAAUGGCCGCUGAGGCUGACACCCCCGGAGACCCGGCAGGUCAGGCCUGCCCUGCUUCUGCAUGUGUCACCGGGAAGCAGGUCCAGCCCACACCGGAGGGCAUGGCCACAUCAGCAGGCCAGGCCAGGGAAGCCUUGGGGGCAAGGGAGAGCCACAGCAAGAGCGAGGAGCUCCCAGUGAGAGGAUCCCAAUCCAGGGUCAUCCACCUGCUGACCGUGGUCAUCACCGCUCACAGGAGGCUCUGGGAGACAGGACAGGGAGCCAAAUGCUUCCUUUGGAGUUGGGCUUCUUAGAAAAUGGAACUUUUAUGGGUUACAUUUACAUUAAGUGUGGAAAAUGAAUUCUGAGUCUGAGCUAUUCCCCGUGGAAACCUUGUUGGACUGAUAAGCUCAUGGCACCUUUAUAGCCUUAUUCAUGGAGUCUUCAGAAUAUUACACGAGUUAAUGAAACCGAGCAGGUCUCUCAGUGCGUGAGAAUCGGAGCAGCGUGCAGGCUGGGUUCUGCCUGGCAGAGGGAGGCAUCCAGAGCUCCUGGGGGAGAGGAGAUUUCGCCUUACGUCAUCCCACUGGGAUUAGAGGAUGUGUUUCGCUAAGUGCUCUUCCUGUUUCCAGAAAAAAAGUCACACUGCCGCAACAGUGUGCCUUGGCCUGUGUGUCCACUGGUUGCCCGUGGCCUCUGGAGCCAGAGCUACGCGGGGUCAGACACAGUGACCCUCGGGCCCCACCGUGCACGGCAUGAGCUGGCGAUGGUGCUCCCGUCUGGCUGGACCGCUCCUGGAUGCCAUGGAAAACAGUCUGGCCUAAAAAACCCAAGUUGUUAUUUUUUUUAAUCCAAAAGAGACUUGGGCUUCACAAGAUGUACUCUUGAUAUGUGCAGCACCCCUGGGCAAAGGCCUCCUUCUGCCUAUUGGCCCAGUUGAUCAGCCUCAUCCUGGCCACCUGCCAUAGGUCAAGACCAGAUGGGGGUGUCUACUUGGAGGUCAAAGCACGUGGUCAAGGGAACCAUCUCGCUACCCCUCCCCGGCCCCUCCGGCCCCGGUCCCCACAGGAAUAGUGUGAUCUGCUAAGGAUCAAAAACACAGACAAGAUUGAACAUCAGGAAUGAUCUUCCGUUUUCCCUGGGCUGCAGACCACCAAGGAGGCCCAGGUACGGGGGUGGAGGGGGCAGAAGUUCAAGCACACCCAAGCCUUAGAGAAAGGAUCUCAGUGCGGGGGCGGGCAGCACCAUGCACCUUGGUUUCACCUUGGUGCUGUUGUAUUGCAGCUGCUCUGACUCUGAUCCUUUUGAGUUGGUUCGCAUUGGGGCUGGGAGGUAACACAGGCCCUGCCCUCGCAGCCUGGCCUCCUACUGAGACCAGCAGUCCCAAUCCCACGAAGGUGAGUUGGAAGGCAGAAGCCGGAGUCCCCUUUGCCUCUUUAGUGGACUCCCAGCAUCAAAUCCCAUCCCUGAUGGCACCUGUCCUUUUGGCACCCCCCAAACUCAACCUGUGCCCUCGUUGGAGUGGCCAGCCCUCCCUCCCACACUGGCCCGGGGUCAUGCUUCUGCAGCACAUUGCCUUCUGACCCUAGAAAGAGAUUUAUUUUAGGGCAGUUUCUGCCUUCUUGCCAACCCUCCACAGCUGCCAGUCAUGCCCCGGUCCCCAGCCCCUCCGCCACCUUAGGACUUGGGUGGUCCUCAACUUCAGUUUCUAUAGCAUGAGCUUUUCUCUGCUCUCCCUGGAGGGCAGAGCGAUGACAACAGAAGGAAGGGGAGCCGGAAGUCGCGCCUGGUCAGCCUCUGACCCUGGUCUCAGAAUUGCUCGCUGAGCACUACGCCAAGGACCGCACCAGUGCCUGACUUCCUCUUGGAGAGGGAGGAUUCGGAGCAGUCCCUCAGGGAGCAAGUGUCCAGUGGCUGAGAAUGGCCGGGAGGUGUGUGUGCUUCCAGUCCUCUGCAUGGCAUGGGGCUGGUGUUUUAUGAGUGCACGACAAAGAAUCGAAAUUUGUUUUAAAAUAAAAAGGACCUUUGCAGCUGUGACUUUCAAGAAUCACCUUUCUAGAUGGCAGGGAUUUCCUUUAUGCAAAGAGAAGGCUUGCAGUGUGAAGCAGUGGAAUGCAGCGUUCCCGUCUGCAGCCUUGUGCCUGCGGCCAGCAGCCAGCACGUGAGCCUGCUGGCCCUCAGCAGGGGCCCCGGCUUUGGGGGUUGAUCACCCAGUGCCCAAGGCCAAGUCGAUUCUUCAUUCCUCCCAGCAGCCACUAGUCCUGGAGGUGGCUCCUGGUCCUGGUCAAAGACCCACCUCCUGAGGGGUCCCAGAGAGAAGCUGCUCUGUCUCUCCUCACUGGGACUAAAUGCCCUCCUUACGUUGCAGGCACCUCAUUCCCAGCCAGAUUUAUACACUUGUCUAUAUUUUAUUGGAGGGGAGGGGAUUUAAAAAAAAAAAAAAAGAACUUUGCAUCCGGGGCCCUUGCAUUUAACCUUCCAAAAACAACAAACUCAUUUUAAAGACUCAUUGCUCAGGUGACGGAGAGACCAGACCCUUGAUCCUCUCCAACCUUUACAUUCUGAAACCAGCCUCGUGCCCCGGACUGCCCUGCCGAUGGGGAGCUCUUCAGUUGCGUUAGGAAUGUGGAAGAUCCCAGUGGGAGAGGCCCGGGUGGGGCCAGUUUGCAUUUCUUGAUCCUUGCAGAAUGCCAAAGGCAUGAGACUGGGCGACCUCCUGGUCCCCAACACAAUGUGAUUUCUUCUAGGGCAAACUGCUGAGGGAGGAGUGAGCCUGCACAGGUGCAGCUCCCCCUGGCAGAAGCUGAGUGGCAGGUGCCUGGCGGUGCCCCAUGGCCCUGGAUUCACACAGCGCCAGAAUCCCACGUGUCCACAUCUGCCCGUUGUCCUGAGGACUUCAGAGCCUGCGGCUCGGGCGAGAGGACUUUGCACCGAGCUGCCUCUGGGUGAGCCACCCUGGAGACUCCGGCCUUACCACGUGGAAAUCGUUUUCCUGAAGUCUGGAACUAAUUUUGAGAAGUUUUUUUUCUCAACACUUUUGUGUUUCUAACACUGUAUUCUUGACUGUGUAAAUACCAACAAGGCUGUAAAUACAUACAGAUGUAGAUACCUUCUAGAAAAACAAACAAAACCAGAAGUGACCCCGUGUAGCCUUCGUUGACAAAUAAAAGAAUAUUUUGUGUUUAAA